AUGGAUACAUCACUCGGUGCGACAAUUAGAUCUUUCUGGCACACUAUGACCAGUUAUGACAGACACUCUUCUUUCGACUCCCCUUACCGAACCGGUCGCCAUGUCCCUCUGCAGGACAGUCGAGGUGGCAUCAUGACGGGCGUGGCGACAGCCUCCGAUUCUCGAAACGACGUCUCAUCUCCGUAUACCGACGAAACAGGCCGAGGUUCUCCGCGUCUGGACGCCAACACUUUUGCACCAUCAGGCGCCCCUUACUCUCCCGGACUGAGGUCAAUGAGCGCUCGCAAUGCCAGCCAAGGUGAUGGUUUCGAGGUGCAAAGCCCUGGCGACGUCCCAAUGCAGAACUUUAAUGAUGGCCUUCCACCUCCUCCCCCAGUCGUCCACUCCUGGAGGCGCAUCGAUUCCUGGGCCGAUGACAAUUACCCAGAGCUUUUCGAUCAGCUCUGCGAGGGCGCCACCAACAAUGAUCUGAACGACCUGGAGCAUCAGCUUGACUGCUCCCUUCCUCAGGAUGUCCGCGACUCCCUCAUGAUUCACGACGGCCAGGAGCGAGGAGGAAUGCCCACUGGAAUCAUCUUCAGCCACAUGCUACUGGACUGCGAGGAAAUUGUGCAAGAGUGGGAUAACUGGAGGACUGUCAACCAACAAUUCUUGCUCGAGACCUCCGUUGCUAAGCCCUCCACCCCUUCCAAGGCUUUUGGUGGCAGUAAUGAGGCCUCUUCCUCCAAGCAAGGCGGCGGUGCUGGCAACAGCCCUGGUCCUUGGAGACAGGAUCUCAUGUCUCGCCAGGACUGUGUCCCUGCGAAUGCUGUCCAAAAGGCAUACGCGCACAGCUCUUGGAUCCCUCUGGUUCGCGAUUGGGGUGGCAACAACUUGGCUGUUGACCUGGCACCUGGUCCUGGAGGUCAAUGGGGUCAGAUCAUUCUCUUUGGUCGUGACUAUGACACAAAAUACGUUGUGGCUCGUUCUUGGUCUGCCUUCCUCGCUGUUGUCGCGGACGAUCUCAACAGCGGCAAGUGGUACGUAGACGAAGAUACUAAUGAGCUCAAGCUACGAGAGUUCAAGGAGACACGAGUCGAGCCCUCGUAUUUCAGCAUUUUGAGGUGGAGAAUGGACCAGAAGUACGGACGACGCGCUCCCUCCAAGAGACGAUCCAUGGGCCCCAAGCCCAACUCUCCUUUAGGCUCGCGCUCUUCUUCUCCCUAUGGCAGCGGCGGUGAAGGCGAGGGGCGAGGUCGAUCUAUGCAACGCCUGAGCGGUUCAUCUCCUUUGGCUAGCCCUCGACCCGGUGCUGGACCAGGUUACGGGAAAGCGACUCCUCUGAGCCGGGUAACGGAAGAGACUGCAAUCCCCGAGCUUGCCGACGCAUACAUCCAACCGGAGAAGCUCGUAGAGGUCGAAACUCCUCGACAGAGCCAAGACAGCAAGAUUCCCAAUGUCACCAGCAUCCCCCGUGUGGAAUCCGACCUCCUUAAGGUGGAGGAAGAGUCAUCGCCAAAGGCGAAUGGCAAGAAGCCUGAGUUGGUGGAUGAACCAAUGAAGACUAUCGAGAUUUAA